AUGGUAUUCGGUCAGCUAUACGCUUUUUUAAUUUUCACAGUAUCAUGGUUUCUUUCUAACACUGCCUAUGCAGCUUCAUCCAAGGAAAGUUCCUCCUAUAUUUCACUUAACGAAGAGAGCCAUUUGGAAGCCAUCAACAGUACAGUAGAUGUUAUAUCUUCUGUUGACAGUGCUAUCGCUGUAUUUGAAUUUGACAAUUUCGCAUUAUUGGAUAACAUCAAAACUGAUGAAGAAUAUCCAUUUUUAGAUAGAUUUUUUUCCAAUGAUGUCACCUUGGCUGUUAACGAUAAAUCGCCUUUGAGUAUUCCUCAAUCCUUGUCCUCAAUUUCGGAACAAUUUACCGUGGAUGAGUUACCUCAAAGCGCCUCCGAUUUACUCUAUGAAUACUCCUUGGAUGAUAAGAGCAUUGUAUUAUUCAAAUUCACUUCUAGCGCUUACGAUUUAAAAAAAUUGGAUGAAUUUAUUGAAUCUUGCUUACUGUUUUUGGAAGAUAAAUCUGGUGACGAUUUGACUAUAGUCAUCAAUUCUGUCGGUUCUUUUGACGCUGAUGACUUUGAAUUUGCUGCAACAGACAGUUUGAGCCAUCAUGACAACGACAAAGGUGAAGAUAUUGACAGUGACAUUUUAAGCUCGAUCUGGACUGAAGGGCUACUAAUGUGCCUGAUAGUUUCUGCAUUGUUAUUGUUCAUUUUGAUUAUUGCACUCUCUUGGAUAUCUAGUUUAGAUAUCACCUAUGGUGCAUUGGAAAAGUCGACUAACCCAAUAAAGAAAAACAAUUAA